CCCCCGGGAGCCGGGAGUGACGCGCUCGGCAGCGCCGGCCCCUCUCCCCGGGCAGCAGCUGGUUGUCAGCCUCUCCGGAGCUCCGCCAGCCCGGGCCCCCUCCCUCCGGCCCUCCGCCCCGCCGGGCUGGCGCAGGCCCCCAGGCUCCAGGCCCCGCUCCAGGAUGAGACAUCGGUGAGCAGCGAGGACUUUGAUAUGAACGACUCCACAUGGAUCUCAGCUGACCAGCACCUGAACUCCAGCCUGAGCCCCAGCCAGGACGAGAGCAUGCGCAGCCCGCAGAACCUGCACGGCCAGGAGGAUGAUGACUCCUCCUCAGAGAGCUGCAGCGGGAAUGGCUCCUCCACCCUGAACCCCUCCACCUCCAGCAGCACGCAGGGCGACAGCGCCUUCCCCGAAAUGAACGGCAAUGGCACCACGGCCCCCAUGGACUUCACUGCCUCUGCCGAUGACCAACCCAUCAACCUCUGUGACAAGCUGGCCCCUGCCCAUGUCACCCCCUCCUACCAGUCCGACAGCUGCAGUGCCGACGGGCUGCGCAGCAGGGUCAAGUACGCGGUGAAGACCACGGCAGAGUCCCCUCCAUACAGCUCUGGCAGCUAUGACUCCAUCAAGACAGAGGUGAGUGGCUGCCCCGAGGACCUGACCGUCGGCCGAGCCCCCACGGCUGAUGAAGAUGAUGAUGACCACGAUGACCAUGAAGACAACGAUAAGAUAAAUGACUCGGAGGGAAUGGACCCAGAGAGGCUAAAGGCCUUCAAUAUGUUUGUGCGCCUUUUCGUGGAUGAGAACCUGGACAGGAUGGUUCCCAUCUCCAAGCAGCCCAAGGAGAAGAUCCAGGCCAUCAUUGAGUCCUGCAGCAGGCAAUUCCCCGAGUUCCAGGAGCGGGCACGCAAACGCAUCCGCACCUACCUCAAGUCCUGCCGCCGCAUGAAGAAGAACGGGAUGGAGAUGACCAGGCCCACACCACCACACCUGACCUCGGCCAUGGCAGAGAACAUCCUGGCAGCCGCCUGUGAGAGCGAAACGCGGAAAGCAGCCAAGAGGAUGCGGCUGGAGAUCUACCAGACCUCCCAGGACGAGCCCAUCGCUUUAGACAAGCAGCACUCCAGAGACUCCACAGCCAUCACCCACUCCUCCUACUCACUGCCAGCUUCAUCUUACUCCCAAGACCCGGUCUACAUCAACGGAAGCCUGAACUACAGCUACCGUGGCUACGGGUCCCUGGGGGGCAGCCUGCAGCCACCCACAUCCCUCCAGACAGGCAACCACAGUAACGGUCCGACCGAUCUCAGCAUGAAAGGUGGGGCCUCCAGCACAGCCCCCUCCAACAGCACCAGCAGGGGAAUGCAGGCUGCCCAGCUCAGCCCCACGGAGAUCAGCGCCGUGCGGCAGCUCAUCGCCGGCUACCGAGAGUCAGCGGCCUUCCUGCUGCGCUCUGCAGACGAACUGGAAAACCUCAUUUUACAGCAGAACUGAGUCCCCGUGUCCGCGUCACUCCUCUGUCGAGAAGACAAUUUGUAUCUGCUAGAAAGAGGCUCCCGGAGACGUCCUGCUCAGGACCGGCAUCGUCCUCCCGUGAAGCGGCGGGUACACGUAGUUUUAGAAAGUGGCAUCCAAAAGACCUGUUUUGUUUUACACUCCAAGCACCUGGGACUUCAGGCACAAGGACACGUUUUUUGAACCCUACCAACACCCGUGCGUCCGGCCGAGCAGAAGCCAAACCUACGGCUUGGAAGGAUGUGGGACUUUGAAGGGCAGAAGGGAGCCUGGGGAGGUUUGGGGCUGCAGAUGUAUUUAGAAUAACCUUUGUGGACCCAAAUGUUAGAUUCCUGUCCCCAGAUAAUUUCCGAGUCUUAGGUGAGCUGAAUCACAUAUUUAUUGAGAAAUGGACCCUCCUCCCCCCUUAGUAAUUUAUUUUUCUGAAAAUGGAUUCUUUUGAGUUUGUACAGAUUGCCAGUUUUUUUUUUUUUUUUUUUGUCUGUCUGAUCAGAAGGAGUUUAUUCCUGUGAAAUAACACAUUCCAUAUCACUACACGACUGAUGUCCAGGCAGCUCUGCCUGUUUCUCUGGGGAGCCCAUGGGGAGCAAGUUUGCCAUCCAGCCCCCAGACCUGGAGGCUGCUCAGCCUCUGGUAGGCGUAGGUGGCAGCUGCCAGCAGAGUGAGUGAGUGUCCUGCUCAGAGCCUUGUCCUGAGCUGUCCCGUAGCAGCAGUGGGGUCUGCACCCCCUGAGAGCCUCAGCAGGCUCAGCAGACCUCCAGCUAGAAGGACGUCUUGUACUCAUUUAAGUCACUGCAGAUCAGAGAAGGAAAGAAGGAAGGAAAUCACCUGAGAAACACUGUCUGUCGGUCACCACCCGUACUCUACCUCACACUCCAUUGUGGGCUUCUUCCAGGACUGUCCCAGCUGGGCCUGGGGGAUGGGGAGUGUCACAGACCCGUGGACCAUGCUGAGGAGGUUGGGACUGCUGCUCCCCCAGCCCUGGCUCUGGAACCAACCCUGGGACAACCCUGGAGGAGCUGCAGGGCUGCAAUAAAGGCUGCAAUAAAAGCUGCAAUAAAGGCUGCUGCCAGGGCUCUGCUGAGUCCCACCAGCCCCCUGUGGCUUGGCAGAAGUUGGAGAUGAGCAACGUUCAGCAGCAGAACCCACCAAGUCCUCCCCAGGGCCCGGGAUCCUCCCUGCUCACAGUCCUGAAACAAGCCCACAGUUCCCAAAGUGUGGAAGAACCGUCACCCGAUGACCAUGGCCCUGUUACCACCCCCACCCCGAUGAUGCACUUCGUUUUGCUCAGUGCAAUACCUCCUACCAGUGCUGCUAACCCCAGGGCCUGCGCUGGGGCACAGAACCCAACCCAGCCCACACCGUGCUCCGGAACCACCAGAGCAGCAGAGCCACUGCCGGGCCCCCCCGCUGCCCCCAGUCCCUGCCCGGGCAGGAGCCCUCACCACCAGAGAUGAAUAUGAGAAGUGUGAACCCCUAUAGGCUCCUUUUCAAGGUAGAUACUUUCUCUCUUUGGAGACAGCUUCUUUUUUUUUUUAAUUAUUUUUCCUCUUUUUUGGCUGCUGCGAGCCGGUGGCUGCCGUGCCCUGGGGGUGUCUGGUGCCACCGGUGUGGGCUGGAACUCGGUGGCAGUGGCUGCUCCCAGCCAGGAGCAGACCCGGGCAGUUCCUCAGUAGCUGAUAAACAGAGUUCUGUACCCCCCACACUGGAAGAGAAGCAAAACCUCUGCCCUGCUCCUCGUCUUGCCCUGAGAAGCCUCCGGCUCCUGCAGCAGUGGGGAUGAGCCUGGCACUCACUGUUUUCCCCAAACCUUCAACUUCCCGUGGCAUUUGGAGAAAAGGGACCCAGCCCCGGCCGUGGGGUGCAGUCAGGGGGUUCAGUGCAGAGGUGGGGUCAGACCUGAGGGGUGCCUGGGCUGGGCAGCCCGUCCUCCCCCUGCCCGCUGCAGGCAGGGAGUGGGGUGGGGGCUGUCAGCAGCCACUGAACCGACCCCCCCUGAGCCAGGGAUCAGCCUCAGGCUUUCCCCAGCACUUCCCGAGCCCGCUCGGUUUGUCCACAGCAUCCUCCCAUACUUGGAAUUUAUGUAAAUAUUUAUUUUUGUGUGAAUACCAUGAAGUAACAAACUUCUGACAAAAAAACCCAUGUCACCACAGCCAUUUGUGACAGUCUUAACGUUAAGGAAGGAGAGGCAGAGACAAUCCCUGUCCCGGAAUUCCCUCUCCAUGCUAUCCCACCCCAGUCGGUGCCUCCUCCCGGCAGAGGCCAUGGAGAACGUUCAGCCAUACGUUUGCCAUCACUUUACUGAAAAAAA